CUCCAAUCACUUCCGGUAACGCUGUCAAAAUGGCUGGGGGAGGCAAGAACAAGCUUUCGCGUGAAGAGGAACUGCUUUUGCAAGAUUUUAGUCGAAAUGUGUCGACUAAAUCAUCAGCGCUGUUUUAUGGCAAUGCCUUGAUUGUGUCGGUAAUACCAAUAUGGUUGUUUUGGCGUAUCCAUCAAAUGGAUCUUUACCAGUCAGGAAUCUUCUUUGCUCUGGGAACAAUUGUCAGUACUUACCUUGUUGCAUUGGCAUACAGAAAUGUCAAGUUCAUCCUGAAGCACAAGGUUGCACUGAAACGUGAAGAUGCUGUUGCCCAGGAAAUGAUGAAGAAACUUGCUGAUGACAAAAGAAUGACAAAAAAAGAAAAAGAUGAGAGGAUCCUGUGGAAGAAGAAUGAAGUUGCCGAUUAUGAAGCAACUACCUUUUCCAUAUUCUACAACAAUGCGUUGUACUUAGCGCUUUUGAUUGUUGUAUCAUUCUACAUUUUGAAAAAUUUUAACCCAACAAUCAAUUACAUGGGAUCUGUUGGUGCUGCUGCUGGUUUAUUGGCCCUUUUUUCCACAAGCAACCAGUGAAAAUGCCCCAUCAAAAAAUAUUAGUCAUCAAGGAGAUAUUAAAAAUGAAAUCGUCUUCAAGGGUUUUAUGUGUCCCCAUUGGAUGCCAGUGAGAAGAAUAUGUGGUGUGUCCCAUCGUCAUCAUUUCGCCAGGUGCAUCAAUAUUUUAACAUCGGCAGAACAUUUUCUAAAUAAAAACAUCAUGCUUGAC